UUUAAACCGGAAGUAAUAAUUGUAAACAGUGCUUGCAUUUGGAGGUGAGAGUAUCACCAAGAGCAAAAUUAAAAUGUCAAAAAAUAGGAGAAUAGCGUUGAUAUUUGGAGGCUUUGUAACGGCUAUUGCCGCCGCGUUUUACCCUAUAUUUUUCUACCCGCUCGCGCAUGAAAAAGAUUACAAAGUUGUCCAAAAGACGAACCGGACAGGAGUCAACCAGGCAGAAAUUCAACCCGUUGGUGUGAAGAUAUGGUCGGAUCCAUUCAAGCCUGCAGGCAAAUGACGACCAGAAGCCGCUAAACCUUCAUUAAUUCCACUGAUACGGAUGCUGAUGAAGACUUUGAACAGAGAACGUCUGUUUGAUGAGUGCUUGGUGUGCGCGUGAGUGAAUGUUUUCCAGAGUGUGUUAAGGGAUUCCUUAAAUCCUAUAAAUAAAGAUUAAAGCUCCUAUAACUAAAAGAAUAUAUUUUGGAUGACUUAAUAUCUUUUUUUUUUGCUUAAAUGGGUAAUGUGAUGAUGCAUAGGAAAAACAUCUAGAAUAUCCUAAAAAAUGAAGUGCUGCUAUUUCUCUUUUGUCCACAAGGGGGGGCUCCAUUUCUUUCUGUUGCAUCAAAGGGCACUGGACUGUCUAAUGUUUUGUUUGUGCAUCUUAGAUAUUUUGGAAAAACCUUUCUAUUUCCAAAAGCUUUGCCCUGGUAUGCAGCCUGUAGGAAAUUAUAAUAAAAAAUACAGUGGUUUGUUUACC